GGAAUAGCACCUCCCACGUCCUAUCUGCGUGAAGGAGGGAGAGAGACGGGGGUAGUGCGUGUGUGACUGACUGCGUGUGUGUGCGUGAGUGUGUCUGCCGCGGUGGUGGUGCUGGAGAUUGGACGACAUGAGCUCUUCAUGAGCCUCGUAAAAUGCUUUAAGACGCGUUCGGAGUUUGUGUUUGAUCCCUCCGAGCCGAGGACGAGCCUGAAGCGGACCUGAAGUCCACAUCACGACCAGGUGUAACGCUGUCUGAGACCUGAAGAGGCAGAAUGCCAGAGCAGAGCAACGACUACCGCGUGGUGGUGUUCGGGGCAGGAGGAGUGGGCAAGAGCUCCCUGGUUCUGCGCUUUGUUAAAGGCACUUUCAGGGACACCUACAUCCCCACAGUGGAGGACACCUAUCGGCAGGUGAUCAGCUGCGACAAGAGCGUGUGCACCCUUCAGAUCACAGACACAACAGGCAGUCACCAGUUCCCAGCCAUGCAGCGCUUGUCCAUUUCGAAGGGACACGCCUUCAUCCUGGUCUACUCCAUCACAAGCAAGCAGUCGCUGGAGGAGCUCAAACCCAUCUACCAACAGAUCCUGGCUAUAAAGGGCAAUGUGGAGUCCAUCCCCAUCAUGCUCGUUGGAAACAAGAGUGACGAAACCCAUCGGGAGUUAGAGACCAAGGACGGGGAGGCCCAGGCCAACCAGUGGAAGUGCGCCUUCAUGGAGACCUCGGCCAAAACCAACCACAACGUCACAGAGCUUUUCCAGGAGCUCCUCAACCUGGACAAGAAGAGGAACAUGAGUCUCAAUAUCGAUGGCAAGCGCUCUGGGAAGCAGUCCCGUGCUGAGAGGCUGAAGGGCAAAUGCAGCGUGAUGUAGAUCCGGUAGAGGAGGAGGAGAGGGGAGGAAAGAAUGGGGGAGGAAAUACACAUUGGGAUGGGUAGCAGAGAUGGAAGAGACAUUCAAAUGUGUCAAUCUGUUUAAAAAUGUCUGGAAAGCAACAGGAAUCCUGUCAUUCACACCCUCAUUUAUUUGGGUUGUGCAUUCAAAAGCAAAAAAAUUGUGCAGUUAGAAGCUUUGGCCGCAGCUCAGAUCAAAGCCUGCAGUGAUACUUCUAAAAAGUCUCCCAUUGGAUCAAUAACACCUCGUCUCACUUCAGCAUCUGCCCUUCUCUCCUCACACCUGACCUCCCCCUCAGUGUCCCACCAUCCUCUGCAUCCUCACUGUAGGAUAGACAUGUAGGCGUAACAAAUUUGACCAACUUAGUUGCUUAUUUGAUGAAUUUCUUUGAGUUUGUCAUGCCAGGAAAGACAAGUGUUUGAGACUGAUGGCAUGAACAGAAAACACGCCCCCCAGCCAUGUCCCAGAGUCACAACGGAGGGCUCGGCUGUAAAUAAACAUGGGGAGGAUGUAAAUAUAUUCCAUCUGGGUUAAAAAUGUUCUGCCCCGGCUAGUAUAUUGGUCAAAAGAAGGUGGUGACGCUGCAGUCAGAGGCUUUUGGAUGAAAUAAAGGCCCUUCUUUACAUUUAUCACGCUGUCAUUUUGAGGAAAAACUCAUCUGAGGUGAGGAGGUGUUUAGAGGCAGAGUGUGCUCACUCUGAUAUGACGCAACAAUCCUUUUAAGACAUUCAUCAAGUUUAGAAUAACUGAACUGUCAUUAGAAUAGAAUAACAUGUCUGCCUUGUUUACGAUGACGCCACACUUGGAUAAUCAUCGCCAAGCUGGUAGAAGGGAAGAGAGCUGAUGUUGGAUCUGAGGUGAAAAUUGUCAGCUUGCUUUGGCACUUUUCGUCUGAAGGUUUCUCUUUAUGCCUUUAUUUUUUAAAUUGUUCUUUUGCUUAAAUAGGUUUUUUAUGAUUAUGACAAGUUAAAGAAAAUUCCUUAAUUUCAAAGCAUACAGAAGAACUUGAAGCAAACCCACGCCAUAAUCCUGUAUGCUGUUUGGUUGCAGCAGCACACACACACACACACACACACACACACACACACACACACACACACACACACACACACAAAGCAUGCAUGUGCUUAUAACCAGAAAACACACAUGACUACAGUAACUGCAGGGAGACCUACAGCUUAAAUGCCCUCACAUUGCACUUUACCUCUCUCACUCACACACACACACACACACACACACACACACACACACACACACACACACACACACACACACACACACACACACACAUUUCAUAUCUUUUUUCUGUAUGAUGUAUUAAUUAAUUAUUAAAUCCUCCUGGAGCCUCGAAAUAGCUCUACUGUAAGUCCAAAGUACAUAUAUAAAUAAAUAUAUAUACGCGUUAUUUUUCAUGCAGGAGCUCUUGAUAUUCUACACAGAACAGCUGAAAGCACAAUACUUUUUAUCUACAUAUCUAUUUGUGCAUUUUUUUAAUGUUGUUUUUGUUUAUCUGUCAUUGUUUCUAUGCGAUUCUCCAUCUUGAUGUCUUAUUUGUUCCUUUUCUGCACUCACUACAUGGCACAACGAAGUUGUGAUUCUGCUGAAUGACAGGGUAUUGUGAUGUGACCGGUUGGCUGUGUUUUCAAAAAUCCCCUUGAGGGUCAGGGUUGGAGUUGGGGGUGACCAGGGGGAGGGGGGAAUUCGGUUGUAGGAUGGCAAGGAGGUUUCAGAUCAUUUGUCCACUUUUCUCCAUUUCUCAGGUGGUUUUAACAACAACUCACAUGGAGGAUAAUCUGCCUGUGUACUUUUUAGUCCAAAGACCCCGAUGUUAAUCCCCACCCUCCACCCCAACUAACUGCGCGUCCAAAAGAGCAGCAGCUGUUUCUGUCUGUCUCCCUCUCUGUCUGUCUAUGUCCAGCAGGAUCAACAACCGGGCACUUUAGGGUGACAUUUUACUUGAAGACUUUGCUUAUUAAUCAAAGAGGCCUCAUUCAUAAGCAUUGUGGAAGAUGAUCUCCCCCCCCCCACCCCCCCCCCCCCCAUAAGAUAUGUCGUUACCGCAGUUCAGUCUCUAAGUGCUUCAAGUAAGAUGUUACCCACUGAAAUCCUUUGUGACCAGUAAAUGUCUCCGUAGUUUAUUAUACGUUGUUUUUUAUUGGGGGGGGGGGGUCUUAUCCACAUUUCAUAUCUGUUCCAAUAAUAGCAAAAUGUGAAUAUGUAGCUAAAGUGGUCCUUCCAUGGUUGUUACUUUCUUUGUUUCCGAAUGAAUUUGUUGUUAUUGCUGUGUCGUACUUUGCACUAAUGUCAGCUCUAACUCUUAAAAUCAAAAAUGUACAUUGCACCCUUUACAAGUUGGAUGCCUGGGAUGCUCUACUAAUCUUUUAUUUUUUGACAAAUUUCUGAUUUCACUCUUGUUUUGUUCUGACGCCAGAUAGAUGGGGUAAAACCUACAGUAAGCAUGGCCUUUUGACGCAUUAAAUCUGGAAAAAAGGAUAAAAACAAACCUAUCGUGAUUUUCAGGCCCAGCUCUGCUCUGAUUUAAUCUACUGGCACAUGCUGCAUAAAUAUCAGCCUGACAUGUCUGGUUGCCUUACGCAAAUGCCAGAUUGCGUGUGCAUGUUUGUGCAAUCUGUUGUUCUGCUGACGUUAACAGGAGACUGUCAUUGUUCAUGUCCCUGCAUGGAAUAUGAUACAGGAGACGGAAAAAAACAAAGAGGCGGCAGGCGAGAGCGGUGAGGACGACAAGAUAGAGCGAGGGAGGGAGCCAGGCUAUUAAUAGACCCAAGUGUGAAAAUAUGAAAUUGGAGUACAUGAGCCACAGCUUGAGAUUCAGUGGAGCUUGCAUGUGUAAGGAGAUGCAUGAUGGAGGAUGUCUGUAGACACCAUGGAUUAAAAGCAGGCAGGAAUCAGGACAACUCCAUCCUCCCACGGCUCGUCUCACCUCAUUCGUCUUUGGAGCAUAUUCUCUGGUUGCAUGUGUGAACAAUUGUGAGCUCAUGUGUGCACACGAAGCUACCUUUUUGCAGCUUUUUUCACAGACUGUGCACAUCCAUGUGUGUCGUUUUACCUCACGCUUGACGCUUUCUUCUGGAUCUUCUGGUGAAUGCCUAUAGGUAUUGCAUGAGUCAUCCUGAGUCUUGCACACAAGCACACAAACACAGUAAUCCUGGUCUGGAUUAUUAACUCUCCUGAAACAAUAAAUUUAACUCAUUUUAGAAUUAUUGCCAAAAAAACACUUCAAUGUUCUAAUGCUUUAAUUAUUGGCACACUUUUAAGGUUAAGCAAACAAGGUGAAAGGAAACAUGACUCACAGUAAAGCAUGGUGGAGGUGUCGUCAUGCUGUGGGACUGUUUUACUCAUUCUUAUAGCUGAAUCAUGUAUUAAAAAGAUUUAAAAAAUGAAGCUCAAAACAGGAUUUUGGAGUAAAACGUGCAGCCUAAAGUUGUAAACUUGAUUUAAAAUAAAAUAAUACACUUAAUUAAAUCACCAAAAUUCACAAAAAUAUCAUAUUCUGCAGCUAGUGUCAGGAAUUUGUAGUGGUUUACAUUAUUUAUAGGGAUGCACCAAUACCACUUUUUUCCAAUCCGAUACGAUACAGAUAAUUGGAUCUGAGUACUCGCCGAUACAGAUUACAGAUACAGAUACUUCUACCACACAAAAAAAUGCAAAGAAUUGAAAUACAGGUUUUAUUUUCUUCUCUGCUUUCAACAGGAAAAGACUGAGGUAGAAAAAAAGUAUAUUAACAGAAAUUGUCACAAAACAAAAAUAUCAAGUAAAUGAGAAGUUGCAGUGAAGCCACUUUCAGGCAACUGCAUUUGAAUCGGUUAACUUUUACCAAUACUGGCAUCAGCCAGAUACCGAUACCAUCAUCGGCAUUGGUGCAUCCCUAAUUAUUUAUGUAGUUAUCAUUUCACUACAUAAAUGCCACUUUAUUGUUGCUGUUGUUUUGUGGUUUUGGUCUUUUUAUAUAAAAUAUUCAACAUAAAUUUUCAUGGAAUCUUCAUAAAAUUCAAAAUUUUGUGUUUGAAGUAAAAUAUUCAGUCCAGAAUUAUUAAACAGAAGCAAAACAGACUAGUUUGCAUGCAGUCUUCACUCUCUGGUAUUUUUCAUUGUUGUUAUUGUUUUUUUUUUUUUUGCUUGUUUGUUUUUGCUGGUGAAUGGUGUUAUCAAUAUUAACUUACCAUCACUGUCUUCUGAUAACUUCACCUUCUUUUACACUCUGUUUUAAAAUUUUUCAUGUUUCUCAUCAAACAUACAGAAAACAAACCCUGCUCACAUCUGAUUGUAGAUAUUUGUAAAUAAUAGUCAAAUUAUUGAAUAUAAAGAUGUGAGAGGCAACUAAAUGUCCUUCGGUAGGAAAUCAUCUGCACUUUCCUCAUUUAAUCAAAGCAUCCAGUCAAUAGACAAUAAAUUAGAAGGUUUUUUGUUUGUUUAUAAAAAUGUUUUGUGGUUCUUUUUUGUUUUCCAGUAAGAGAAGCAUCCAUCCAGUUUUAAAAGGUAAACUCUGUGGAGACCUAAAAUGUUAUAUUAGACUGUAAACGACAAUAUCAGAUAAGUAAGCAUGUAAAAUUUAUAAUAAUUUGGCAAAAUACUGAUGCACUUAUUAAACUUAAAUACUUUAAAUAGAUUUUCUGGAUCCCAUAUUCCAUAGUGAUCCAACAUGUUUAAUUGUUGAUAAUAAAUAUACUUUUGAACACAAAAAUCUUAAGGAAAAAGCAACAUUUUAAUAAAUUUUUUAAAUUUACAUUUGAAUGUUUGCAGUAUUUAUAGCCUUAAUGUGAAUUUUAUGAUUAUUUUAUGAAAAUUAACUAAUUGAACAGUUUGGGUCUCCAUAGAUGUUCUUAUCGGUGGCGCGUAGAUUGUCAUACAGGAAGAGGUGAAGAUUACCACCAGGUAGCUAACAUAAUAUGUACUGCUUGUGUUUUUGGUGGAGCCUUAAACUGCAGAUGGACAAUGAUGAAAAUGUGUUUUUGCACUUAACAGGAUAGGAAAUCUUUAAACACGUAAAAGUGACACAAGAAGGAAUCAGCAGAGCUGUAACAGAAAAGAAAAGUAGACUUUUCCCAGUUUAUCUGGCUUGUUUUUACCGAUAAACUGCAGGUUGAAAUCCUGCACAGAGGAUGUGAAGAAUAAAACCUCUCUUACUGACCUUGCUCACCUCUCUGGCUAACCCCUCACCAUGAUCUCAGAUUCUUGCAGACCGUUGCAGAUGGGGGGGGGGGGGGGGGGGGGGUGUUACGUAGUGCCAUACAGACUGGAUCGUAUAGUUUGGGACAGUUCAAUGGCUCUGGCCUUUCAUUCCUGCAUGGUCCCUUUUGGUGUUCCAGCCAGCAUGAGAACAAGGACACAAACUGUGAAUCAUCUUUGUACUUUUCAAAGGAAACACUCCUUCAGCACUUAUGGCUUUGGUUUUUGCAGAAUUUCUUUUUAGCAAUUAUUGUUUUUUGUAAUUGGAUCUCUGGAUUGUUGAAGUAUUUCUCUGUUGGGAUUUAUUUUUUUUAUUAACUAAUUAUAGUGUAUAGAUAUUUAAUCUAGCAAUAGUCUUCCUAUUAAGAUAUACUGUGCUAAUGCAUCCUCUGAAUAAUGGAAACUAGCAUAUAUAAAUAUAUACAUAGAGAGACAACAGUAAUCAAAACUGCAAAAUGAUUUUCCUAAUAAAAAUGUGAACUGAAAACUGAU